CGGGCCGUUGUUACUGACGCUUGUUGGUCUCCGGGGCUACCCGGCGCUGAGAGGAGCGGGGCCCGGCCUACCUGCUUUCGGAAAUGGAGUGGGGAGGUGAAUAUUCUCUUGAUUCUUCCAACUUGGAUUGUUUGUUAGACAUACUUCCAGGAGAUCUGGAGUUUCAACAGAUACUUGGUGACAUUGAUGAGAAAAUAAAGAAAAAUGCUUCUGGCAUGGAACAGUGUCUUAAGGAGCUACAACUGGAAAUUAAUGAUACAUGUUCUGAUGAGUUGCUACAGGACACAACUGACUGUCUUCAGUGGUUAAAUAAUUGCAGUUUCAGCUCAAUCAAGCCUUCUUCAACACCUCAUGGAGAAUUGAUCAUAUUUCUCCAAACACUGCAAAGCUUACUGAAGAAUGAACAAAACCAAGAAGAAAUUAUUCUUCACUUCCUUCUUGAUCUCUCUAGUCAGUGUGGUGUCUUAUUUCCCUGUACUCCAAGUGGAACAUCUUUUGAGUUUACAUCCAGUACUUCCCUUCAUGGUGUUGAAGAAGGUUCAGCAAUGGAUGUUCAAUGUAUUUGGGAUGAUGUAAGGUUGCAGCUUCGGCGAUUCUUAGUAAACCAACUACAAAAUCAUCAGGAAACGAAAACUGGUACUUUACAAAAGCAAUCACAGUUUAAAACUCGAUGUCUACAGCAGCUUUUAUUUCUUUAUCCUGAAUCAGAGGUUCUAGCCAAGUAUCAAAACAUGCAAAAUAAAUUGGUUAGUGAUCUUUUGCAGAAAUGUGUUCUGGAAAGCAGCGGCGAAACAAACUUUGAAAAGAUGGUUCAUGGUUAUGAAAGUUCAAUACCUGCCAUGUGUGCAAUGAUAAAAGAAGAUUUGUAUAUACUAAGUGGAAUUAUUGAUCCUUCUUCAACAGUGAAGUUUAUUAAUGAAACUUAUUUGGAUACCAUCACUGAAGAAAUGACCAUUGUUCUUGAAACACUUUGUGAGCUUCAAUUUAAAGAAAAUGCAUUACAUGGUGUUAAGUCAAGCAAGAGCUCAAAGAAACACAGAGGAUUAGCUCAUGUUGGGGAUGCUCAGGAAUAUUCUAGAAAAGGGAGAAACUUCUGUUUAACGCUACAUCAACUUAGGUGCCUUUCCCAUCUUAUAAAGCUUUUUUUGUUGAUGGAAGAAAAGGUUGAAGAACUGUCUUCAGAAAUGCUGUUAUUACCAAGUUUUCCUGAGAAUAAAAAUGUUCAAGGAGUUCUGAAGAAAGCUGGUGGGGAGUUUUUUAUAGGAGAAAGUAGAGCAAAUGAAACCAGUGUGCCUCCUGAACAGUUACUUCAGGUUAAAAAGUCUACCAUGCUAGAGUUCGGCUGGAGAAAUGCAUUUAAAGACCUGACUUCUUCAGUAGCACACUGUAUAACAAUUGCAGUUGAAGAUUUUUCCAAUAAAAUUCUUCAGUACGAGCAGAAUGAACAAACUUCAGCUACCUGCUAUGUGAUGCAUCUUGUAAACGUACAGCACACGAAGGAGUCCUGGGGUGCAGUCCAUGAGGAACAGCAACCAAAACAAAUUUCAAAGUUUUGUUCUGACAUCAUGGAAGAACUUGACACAUUGCUUCCACUGGCUCUGGCGUGCAGAGACGAGUCUCUUCAGGAAAUUAGAGCAAACUUUGUAGAGGCCUGCUGCAAAGUAGCAACAGCUGUACUGAUGAGACUGGAGGAAAGAAGUAAAGAUGUCCCUUCCAAAGCUCCACUGCAGAAUCUGUAUGCUAUUCUCUCUACAGCAGUGCACGUCCAUCAGCAUUUUAAGAUGUAUCAUAAUUUAAUGAAAGAGACCAGUAGAAAGCCCUUAUUCCUAAUGCCUCUCCAGCAAUAUCAGGAAUUGAUCAGCGUUCUUCAGUUUCAAAUUGCAAACUACUGCAUCAGAGUUUGUGCUACAAGCAUUUUACAGGAUGCAGAGAGUCACUACUGGGAUGACAACAAAGCUUUUUACGAGGGGGAAAGAUGCUCAUUCUCUGUCCAGAUGUGGCAUUAUUUCUGCUGUGCUCUUCAUCAUGAUCUAUGGACUGUUCUACCCCCUGUGUUAGCCCAGGAGAUUCUAACAGAAGUGCUGGAAGAAUCUUUGGCACUCUUGGCUUGCAGAUAUUUUCAGGCCCAGCCCAGUUACAGAAGAACACCACAGAUAAGAAUAGAUGUUACAGCAAUUCUGAUGACCUGUGAAAACAUUUUGUGGUCAGUGUGUUUAUCUGUGCAAGAACUUUUGCACCCACAUAAAGACAAAAAUCCUCGUAUUUAUAAAAUACACAGGCAUUGUAAUAAUUUACUUACAGCAGCUAUCGUUUUAACUACACCACUGGAGAAUCUACAUAAAACAUUUCAGGUUAGUUGUGGUGAUCCCUUGCCUUCAGGUUUUUUGGAACCUACUUUUUACCAACCAUUACACUGGUUAUCUGGCAUAGCAGAAUUUUCCCCUUCUUUACUGAAGGCUCCAUCAGCCAGAGAAAUGGCUGCUCAGGGUCAACUGAAACUGCUCUUAUCCCAACCUUAUUGUAAUUGGAACUUGCUUUUGGAAACAUUGCUACACCACGAUGGUCUCUUAGUGAAAAUUUUACUGAGAAGUUCCAAAUCUGAAUUGUCCAAAGGUGGAGAAAAACAAACUUGCCAAGACCUGAAAAAUAGCAAAGAAUCUAGCUUAACUGAAGCAAUCUUUACAGUGCUGUCCUAUUGUACUUUAUCUCUCAAAUCUCUUGGUGGAGUUCUGCAGUACUACAUGGAAAAAGAACAGAUGUGGGACUGCUUACACAAUAUAGCUGAUUCUAGUUGUGGCGAAUCAGAGCCAGAGAUUAUCAGAUGCUUGAAACUGACUUUGAUUAAUUCAGUUAAGGGAAUCGUGAAGCAGAUAAUUUCUUUGAUGCAUUCGUGGGAAGCAACAGAGAACUAUGGAACCUAUCAACACAAGCAAAUCGUUCCUGAAAGUUUGCUGAAGACUGUUCCAAAGGAAUGGAAUUACACACCUAGAGAAAUGAAGAGAAAAGAAUCUGGGAAAUGCUUCACAAGGCUUGCUGCCCAUGCAGUAUCUAUUGUAAUCAGCAAGUUACCUACAGUGAUUGCAUGUUUGCCUCCCCCAAUUAAGUAUUUCUUUCUUCUGUCUGAGAGAAAAAUGCCCAAAAACUUUAUUGAAUCGAAAAAAGCUGGUCUUCUUGUCUGGAUCUUGAUUGUAAUUAUAUGUCGGAUAUUUGAGGAUGGAAACACUACAGAACUUUUAACAGGCACAACUCUUGACAGAUGGAGCAAAGAGAAACUGAGUUUAGUUCGUGUAUGUUUGGAAAGUAUUAUAGGAAAAAAGAAAAGUAGCCCUAAACAAGUGACACACAAGAUUGUACAGAGCAUUGAACAACAAAGGCCAAACUGGAUUGAAAACCAGUUACUCAAGGCAAGAAAACUGAGCAUAGACUGUACUGCUACUACUGCAGAAGAUGGUAGAAGCUUAGAAGAGGAAGCUAUUGAGCUUGAAUUGACUGAGCAGAAAAUAAACAUGAUGGUCCUGGAUAUCUGCCACAAACCAGGUGGCAGUGAAUACCUGAGGCAAAUUUAUCACAUCAUCCAGCUCAAUGAGGAAUAUUUGAAUGAACAGCUAUCUUAUGAGGGAUCUUCUGAAGGAAACACGGCAAGCAUUAGACCUUUAAACAUGACAUUAAGAAGAAAAGAACAGUCUGGAUUUGACCCUUUCCAUGUGCACUACUUGUAUUGCACUAAUGUGUUAGAAAAGUUCACCAUUACUGAGUGGAAAUGGGAUUGGUCAAAUUUGCUGCCAAGUUAUCAGGGACUAAAUAAGAUGACCUUCAGUGCACUACUGGCACACAGAUGGGAGAUGAAAGAGGAAGAUGUUCUGGAAGAGAAGGAAAAGGUGAUGCUGGAGCACUUAAAACAACUGUAUCUCACACCAGCCUCUCCUGCCUCAGAAGUUAAAGUAUAACAGAGAACUUGACUAGAGAAUUUUUUUUAUUAAAACAUUCUUAAAAUCAUAGAAUUAAAACAAGGAACCUUAAGAAUUGAUGGCAUUCCAAGGAAGUUCUGUGAAGUUUUGUUUUGUUGGUUGCUUUUCUAGGGAACAGUUAGGCACUAUAUUUUGUAACUUUUGUCUUGUUUAUCUUUAUAUAGUUAUUUUUCUUUGUAAGCAGUAGGAGAAAAUUAAAAGUAUUUUUUAAUUAACAUAAUUAAGUAAAUUUUAAAGAUCAAAGUAUUAAGAUUACCAGUAAAUGCCUAGUUAUCUUGAAACACACUGAGAACUAGAAGCUUGUGUCCAAUACAGAAUUAUGUGUGAAUAUCCACAGUUUGAAUAAAAAUAUCAAAAGUGUC